AUGCGUGCCUACUUCAUGUUCUUCUCCUAUCUUGGGCUCUGCUUUUCUCUGAGCGUCUUUAUCAUCUAUAAGCUCGUCCAGAAAUACAAUGUGCUAUCAAGAUCUACCACAGGCCGUCUUCCAGCAAAAGCACACAUACGAACAUUUGCUAUACUGGCCGCAUUGAGCCUUUUCACUACGUGGUACUACAUGUCCAACUACUUCCGUGUUUCUUACCAGGCAUGGGCUAUGUGGCGAUCUCGUUAUGAGAUCAGUCAAGAUAAGAUGCAUUGGGGACUGUGGCUAAAGGAAACUUCACUUUUUAGAGAAGCUUGGGAGACCAUUGUUGUGGGCAACGCGCGCUACUGGUGGUCACACCAAAUCUUCUUCUUCGCAUCCGGGCUGGGCUUGAGCCUGGAAGAGAGAGGAGUCCGCCGUGGCAUCAAGUAUACGUGGGCGUUUAUGCUGCUUGGCCAGAUCGUUUCGGUCAGCUUCGCCACGAAUCUGUAUCUGCUCACCCUGCUUCUAACCCCUUCAUCGCCACCUCCUUCGACCUCAACUGGCAUCUAUCGAAGAAAGUGGCUAGGCCCGUGGCUAAUCAACCUCCUUUCUAUCGUUUUCACCAUCUGGCCGGCAUAUCAGCUCGCCGAUGAGCAUUACUGGUACCACCAGACAGAAUUCAUGCCCAUGCUGCUGACGGCCCAUGUUGCGCUCCUUGUCAUGCCGCUUCUUCGCGCAGUUGUUCCCUCGAAGUAUCUGUCCGAUUCCAACGUGGAAUUCGCAGGCACAGUGUACAAAUUCCUCUGGGCUGCCAACAACUUUGGUGGUGGUUUGCUGUUCACUAGGGUGACCGCCACGGCUUACAAGUUUAGCGGCCCGCGCGGCGUCUGGCAACAGCUAUGGGAGCACCCAGCCGUCAGCAGUGUAGCAUUCGAUGCCAUCUUCUGCUGGAUCACCUGGGGUACGUGGUGGGCUAUUCAAAUGCGAACCAUCAGCACUACACCCGCGCUCGACGAUGACGAGAAAGAAGGCGAAGGGACGGGUGUGGGCUCCGGGCGAGCUGAUGUGGUCCCUGAGAACAACGGUGCGAUGCGACGGCGGUGA